GUAGUGUGGUCAUUUUAGACCAUUCCAUUGGUCCUAAAGUGAAAUCUCCACCCUACCGGGGCACCAGGUAAUGCAAAACGAACUCGUCCAUUAGUCCAAAUUGUGCAUGGAAAGUGUUUACUUCAAACGGAAAACGUUUAGCAACAAAAACAAUAUUUUUUUAUUGGACAAAUUCAGGUAGAUCCCGCCCCGUUUCGUGCUUCCGUUUGGUCCUAGUGAAUUACACCCCAGGGCAGGGCCAGUUCAGCUCGAAUCCGCCAACCAGCUGAGAACAGACACCGUUGCCUUCUCGUGACGUAACAGGUUUAAUGGUGGUAUAAAAACAGCUGCAGUGUUUUUUUUAUCUCACCGCUUUCUGCGAACUCGUCUCGAGGUUUCAUUGUACGUGUUAUCACAGAGGCAUCAACCCAAAGGAUUUGACAUCGUUUUUUCCUGAUUUAACUUUUCGUUAUUUUAUUCACGAAUUUGUAGUAUGUUUUUUGGAUACAUCGUUUUUGAACGUUUUUCUAUGGAAGAACAAGGCAACCAAAUCAUAAUUGAAAGUAAUUUUGACCAGAGGGACUCCUUUAGAGAAUCCUGAUCUCUGCCGUCACCGUCCUGGGUCACUUGCGUAAAGAAUUGGGUAGAGUUCCCUUUUGUCUUCACCUCAUCAGUCUUCUUAAAUUCACAUUCCAUUUAUCUGGAUAAAAUGGUUGGAUUCAGACCUGCUGACGUGCCCCCAACUGCUGCUGUGAAGUUUGUCGGUGCUGGAACAGCGGCCUGCAUUGCUGACCUAUUCACCUUUCCCCUGGACACAGCCAAAGUCCGGCUACAGAUCCAGGGAGAGGGUAAAGGUGCAGCAGCUAGUCAUGGCACAGCAGUAAGGUAUCGGGGUGUGUUUGGUACCAUCACCACCAUGGUGCGUACAGAGGGGGCCAGGAGCCUCUACAGUGGGCUGGUGGCAGGGCUCCAGAGGCAGAUGAGCUUUGCCUCCAUCCGUAUCGGCCUCUAUGACUCUGUCAAGUCAUUCUACACCAAAGGCUCAGACCAUGUAGGGAUUGGCAGUCGCCUGCUGGCGGGCUGUACAACUGGAGCCAUGGCAGUCGCAUUAGCCCAACCCACAGAUGUGGUGAAAGUCCGCUUCCAGGCACAGGCUAGUUCCUCUGGGCCAAACCGACGUUACCAUGGUACCAUGCAGGCCUACAAGACAAUCGCCAAGGAAGAGGGCAUGCGUGGUCUGUGGAGAGGUACUGGCCCAAACAUUGCCCGCAAUGCAAUCGUGAACUGCACUGAGCUGGUUACAUAUGACCUCAUCAAGGACGCGCUUCUUAAAAACACAUCCCUGACUGAUGACCUCCCCUGCCACUUCACAUCUGCAUUUGGUGCAGGAUUCUGCACCACUGUGAUUGCCUCUCCCGUGGAUGUGGUGAAGACGAGAUAUAUGAACUCUGCCCUCGGCCAGUACAGCAGCGCCCUCAACUGUGCUCAUGCCAUGGUGACCAAGGAGGGACCUCUUGCCUUCUACAAAGGGUUCAUGCCCUCUUUUCUACGACUGGGCUCGUGGAACGUGGUGAUGUUCGUUACUUAUGAGCAGCUGAAACGUGCCAUGAUGUCAGCCUGCUAAAACUGUGGCACUCCUCUGUAGACCUGGCUAUUGGCUGCAGUGGAUGGUGUUGCUUUUAUUCCAUUUUAACUAUCUUUUGUGGCCCUUGUCGUUUCCAUUUUAAACCACUUUUCACUCACCUUUCACUGAAGUGUAUUCCUGAGACUGACAAUAUUUUUUUAAGCUCUAACUUUCGACAAUAAAAUGUAUACCUAA